GCCAUUAGUGUCAUUUGCAAAGAACCAUUAAAAGCUUAAAUUUUGGUCGCAUCUCCCGAAAACUUUCCUCUCCACUCUCUCUUAUCUACCAUCUUUCCUCUUUCUCUACUUUUCAUUAACCCCUAAGUCUUCUAAUAAUCUUCUUCUUCUACCUCUUCUCAUUGUCUUUAACAUAAAACAACACGCAUCAAAAACCAAUCUCCAUCUCCUCCUUCUUCUUCAAUGGCGGAUACGAACGCCUACACGAGGAGUAAACUUCUAAAAACAGAGCAAAACAGAGUAAACCCAAGUAAGUUCUAUACACAUUUCCUUUACAAAGCUCUCAUAGUUUCAAUUUUCUUAGUCAUACUCCCACUUUUCCCUGCACAAGCUCCUGAAUUUAUCAAUCAAACUCUACUCACCAGAAGCUGGGAGCUUCUUCACCUUCUCUUUGUUGGCAUUGCUGUCUCUUACGGCCUCUUUAGCCACCGAAAAGACGAAAUAGAGAAGGAAAACAAUAGUCCAUCAAAAUUUGAAAAUGCUCAAACCUAUAUGUCUAGAUUUCUUCAAGUGUCAUCGGUUUUCGAUGAAGAGGGUGAAAAUUUGUCGGGAUCUGAUGAAAACAAGGUCCAAACUUGGAGUAAUCAGUACUAUAGAAAUGAACCUGUAGUUGUUGUAGCUAAUGAGCAUUCUAUUGAGCAGAGAGGUACUAGUUCAAGAAUCGGAGAAAAACCUCUUCUUUUACCUGUUAGGAGCUUAAAGUCGCGUGUUCCUGAUUCAAACAAUGUUGAGUCUGUCAAAGAAACAUAUGGUAAGUCUGUUUCUCUCGGUAGGUCGAGUUCUAGAAGGUUUCAAGGCAGUGCAAACAAAGCCAAAAAUGGAGAAUUGGGAGGGGGGGAUCAGGGAAAUUUGGAGGAUAAAUUGAAUGAGAAUGUGGUUCUUCCAUCUCCAAUUCCAUGGAGAUCAAGAUCGGGUAGAAUGGAAAUGAAAGAAGAUGUUGAUAGUCCAAGUUCUCAAAUGUUCAAUAUACCUCCUUCAGUAGAGGAACAUGAAUUGAACAGGCUGGAAUCACGGUCUUUAAGGCCUCAAGUGUCUCGAUCAUCUCGAUCCAAUUCUACAUCUUCUUCUCCGAAACUGUCUCCUUCACCAUCUUUAUCUUCUCCAAAGAAGUCUUCUCCUUCGCCUUCGUUAUCCUCCUCUGAGUCUCAAGCAAAGAAUUCAGAGGACUCGACAAGGAAGAAGAGCUUUUAUCGGCCUCCUCCUCCUCCACCACCACCACCCCCACCAAUCACGCAUAGAUCAUCAUCCGUGAAAGCGAGUUAUAAUUUGAAUAACGAGGGGUCAUUCAGUGAAAAGCAUUUCCAGCGAAGACUCACUGAUGAACCAAAGGACUCGAGUAUGAGCAGAGUGAGUUCAAUGAGAAAAUCAGUUAGAAUGGUUAGACCGAGUGAUCAAGAAUUUGAAGAUAGUGGAAAUGUAACAUUUGAUCAAACAUCGUUCAAGACUGAGCAGCUGAACCGCGAAAGUGUGACUUACAUGGCAAAGCCAACUUUCAAGGAGUUUCCAAAGCAAGAAAAGGAGGAGUUGGUCGAUAAGGUAAUUGUGGAAACCGAUGAAGAUUCGGAGAUUGAAGAUGAAGAAUAUGAUGAUGAAAUUGGAGAAAGUCCAUUUUUUGCCAACACGGAAAGUAGCUCAAACAAUAAAGAAGCGAGUUCAAUCAGUGGUAAUGAGGGACCUCCGGAUGUUGAUAAGAAGGCAGAUGAGUUCAUAGCCAAAUUCAGAGAGCAAAUAAGGCUUCAGAGAAUUGAAUCUAUCAAGAAAUCGAGUGCACAAAUUAGGCGAAACUCUUCGAGGUAAUCUAGGAUAUGAUUCAAUUUAAUUAUGAUGGAUUUCAACUUUGUGCUUAACCUUUUUUUUUUUUUUUUUUUU